GGUCAUACGUUGGAAAGAAGUAAAAGAUGGAAAUUAAAUUAACACAUUUUGGCACCUAUAAAACCACAGGACAGGCUACUCUGUCCACCAUCAACACCAACACCGCCAUAGUUAAACAUGAGCACUGAGGGAAGCUCAAAUGGAAGUGUUGUUCCUGAUAAGUACAGAGUUUUCUUGCAUUUGGAGCCUCCUACUGUUCACUGGAGGCAUGGGAAGCCCCCAACUUUUGAAAUUGUUAACCAGCUCUUUGAAGAUGGCAGAACCAAGGAGUGGCCAAAAGGAUCUCUGGAGGAAACAGUGCAAAAUUCUAUAAAAUCAUGGGAGAUGGAGCUUUCCCACAAGACUAAAUUACAGGAUUUCAAGACCAUAAUCCCUGAAAAGUUCAAGCUUUUUGUCAAUGGAAGAGAGGGGCUCUCAGGAGAAGAAACACUAAGGCUUGGAAGCUACAAUGCAUUGCUGAAGAGUUCUCUACCAGAGGAGUUUCAGUAUUACAAGGCAGACGAAGAAUCGUUUGAAUCAUCUCAUGAAGUUUUUAGGGCUUGUUUCCCAAGAGGAUUUGCAUGGGAAGUUAUAGAGGUUUAUUCAGGUCCUCCUUUGAUUGCCUACAAGUUCAGGCAUUGGGGUUUCUUCGAAGGACCUUACAAAGGCCAUCUCCCAAAUGGUGAACUGGUUGAAUUCUAUGGCUUGGGAACUCUCAAGGUUGAUGAAUCGCUAAAGGUUGAAGAAGCUCACAUCUACUAUGAUCCAGCAGAGCUAUUUGGUGGUCUUUUGAAGGGGAAAACUGCCUCAGAAUCCCAAAAACCCCAAGACAGUGAGAAAGAUUCAGCUGCUUCAGUUGGCUGCCCAUUCUUCAAACCCAAGGAGUAGUCCAAAGAAAGUUGGUCUGAAAUAAGUUGUGCAACCUUCAACAAUUUCUAUCUAUUCUAUCCAGGGACCUCUCUACCUUUCUCUUGCUAGAUACAAACUCCUAGGUUUUCAAUUACCUGCAAUAAAAAGUAUAGCCACAUAUGUAUCAAACAUCUAUUUAUGGUAAUCCUCGCAAUGAAGUGUUCCUGAUUUAACCAUGUUGGUUUGUUUAGUAAGAUGCAAUAUUUCAGC